AUCGGGCACAGGCAGUGAGGCAGGCAAGGCACAGCACAGCAUAGCACAGGCAGAAGUCUACGUUGAGUCGACACGACAGUCGAGUGCGAGAUACAUUUUUUUCUAUUUAGAGAGCUGAAACACCAAGACCUAAACUUGAGAAAUUAACUAACAAAAAAGAACGAGAAGUUGAGAACUAACGAAAAAGCCCUGGCCUGGCGCAGCGCAGUGAAAGAGCAAGAGCAAGAGUCGACUCGUCUUCUCGUAUUCUCGUCUUCGUGUUCGUGUUCAUGUUCGUGGUCAUGGUUUGUGGACGCAGCCAGCAGUAGCUCUUGGUUGUUAUUGAAAAUUUAAGUGAGUCAGUCGGUCGGUACGGUACGGUAAAUAGAAGGAAGCGAAACAAACUAACGGACAAGCUGACAAGCGAGAGACAGACGGACGGACGGUCGGACGGUUGCGGUACGUGUUGUGUUUUUGCCCGUUUACUAUCAAUCUGUAAAUGUUGAUGCUAUUCCUUUGCUCAAUGUGAUGCUGAUGAAUUUGCUUUAAGUGCAGUUGUGAAAACCAGAGCGACGUUUAAAUCGGCUCCGUUCUGUGUUGUUCUUGUUGUAUUUGUUGAUUGAUUUGAUAUUGAUAGUGAUUUGUCAUUGUACCUAGUACCUACAUACUCAAAAUCAUAUUGAGAAACAACUUAACAAAAACCUUAAGCUUAAAAAAAAGCAAGCAAAUUGAACUUUACAGACAUUUUGAAUACGAUACUCGUACCUACUUUAAAAGUUAACACAAAAUAUAUACGGAAUAUUGUUAACGAAAUAACGACAUCACCGUCGAAUACCUACUUUAUUAUUAAUUUUCAUCGGUUCCUUAAGCAAAAGAAACAACAAAUUCUAGAGAAAAUUAAAAUUUGGAAAAAAUUGAGUGCAUCUUAUAUUUUCAUUUAUUAUUACCCCUAGAUUGCUUUAUCGUAACAACAUUAAUAAAUCUGCAAAAAGAAAAUCAACAUUACAACAACCCCACCGAGAAUUGAAAAUACCCAAGAUAUAUAGGUAGAUAAAUAGAAUUGGGUUGACCCAGGCACAGUGAUAAAGGGUAUAGAUAUAGGACUUUUAUAUACCUACCUAUAUACAACCAACUAAUUGAAGAAAAGGAAUAUAUUUUUGUUACCUCAAAAAGUAACUAUUAAAUAUUCACUUCCAAAAACUGUUUAAAAACUACUCGCUUGACACCAUGUCGGAUGUUGGAAGUAUCGACGAAGGAGUCUCUGGUGGGCAAAAGUACAAUGUGGUCGGAAUGGAAGGUGGCGGAGCUGAAUUUGAUUCAGGCAAAGGACAACAAAGCCAACAAAUUGAACAAGAAUUAGCAACAAAAAUGUUGCAAAUUCAAUCAAAACGAUUUUACCUCGAUGUGAAGCAAAACAGAAGAGGGAGGUUUUUGAAAGUUGCAGAGAUAGGUGCGGAUGGUAGAAGAAGUCAAGUAUAUCUAGCACUCUCAACAGCAGCUGAGUUUCGAGAUCAUUUGUCGACUUUCAGUGAUUAUUACGCAUCAUUAGGACCACCCAAUCCAGAAAAUGUACCCGAAGAUGGAAAACUUAAAUCUGAAAUGAUGAUCAAGGACAACCGACGGUAUUAUUUAGAUUUAAAGGAAAACACAAGAGGCCGUUUUUUGAGAGUAUCGCAAACUAUUACGAGAGGUGGACCUAGAUCUCAAAUUGCCAUUCCAGCACAAGGAAUGAUCGAGUUCAGAGAUGCUCUUACUGAUCUGCUCGAAGAAUUCGGGACAAGUGAUGGAGGUUUUAAGGGAGAACUUCCUGAGGAACGUCAUAUGAAAGUUGACAAUAAAAACUUCUACUUUGAUAUUGGACAAAAUAAUCGGGGUAUUUACAUGCGAAUAAGUGAGGUAAAAAGUAACUUUCGCACAGCAAUAACAGUUCCAGAAAAAUGCUGGAUUCGCUUUCGUGAUAUUCUCACUGAUUAUUGUGAGAAAAUGAAUAAGUCCGAUACGUCAAUCACUGCCGAUAAUAAUAUUCAAACAACUCCUUCUAACAGUUUAAAAUGAAAGCUUAAAUAUUAAAAUAAUACUAAAAUAAAAUACAAAAAAACAACAGAUUAUUCAAUUACAAAGACAAACAAAAAAUUUAAUUAAAAUUAAAACACACCUAGACAGAUAACAUUAGCAUAUAUAUAUAUAUAUAUAUAUGCAUAUAUUUAUAUAUAUAUUUGUAUAUGUAUAUAUAUAUAUUGAACAACCAAUAGAGUUCAAUAAUAAUUUUAAUUAUAAUUAAAUAAAUAGUAUUGUAAGCUAUUACCAAACUAAACAAACAAACAAUGAUAGCUCUUAUUAAAAAAACAAGAGUGUCAAAUAUGAUUCUAUUAAUAAUUGUAAUGUAUAUAGCAAAUCACCAAUAGAAUGAAAUGAAUAAAAAUGAUAGUUUCCAGUUUGAGAUUAUCAAGUACAUGUUGCUGUUACUGUUGGUCUACGCAAGAUUUUCGCCUUGUUUCUUAAUUUAAUUUAAAAAAAAAAAGAAAAUAACAAAGAUAAAUAACUACCUAUAGUGUAAUUAUUUGUUAAAAUCUGUUUAUAGUCUAGUGGAAUGUUUUAAAACAGUUUGCUGUAAUACAAAGAAAGCAUAUAUAUAUAUAUUUGAACCUCUAAUUGCCUCAAGCAUUUCAAAAAUUGACAAGUCCCAAUUUAAAAUUAAGGCAAAUAUAUUAUAUUUAGUAUUUGCCGUAUAGCAUUCUAAAAAAGAAAACAAAAAUGAAAGUGAAAAGCAAGGGAAAUAAAAUUAAAGUACCUACAAAAGAUUUGUUCAAAAUAAAACUAAAAUCGUGUUGAGAUCCAAUACAGUUACAUAAUAUCUAUAUAUAUAUAUUAUAUUUACUAGAUCAAUUUUACAGAAAAAGAAAAAUCUAUACUUAUAUGAAUAAAAAAAUGUAUAUAUAUAUGUAUUUAUAUUUUAAUAUGUAUACCUACUCUAAAAGAAAAGAAAAUAUGCUAGAAAAAAAAGAAAUUAUUUUUGAAUAGCUUGUUAUACCUAUAGAUACAAAAAAAUGGAUUUCGUUGCAUCAAAUCCUUAGGAUGUCAAAGGAAAUUCAGUUUUUAAAUGAAAAUUAUUUUAUUGAAACAAACAGAACACGAUAAAUAAGAUACAAGAUACAAAAAAAAAAAAACAAAACAAAACAGAAAUCUCGAGUUCGUAAUUUCAAAUGAUGAACUUUUAAAUUUUCAUUAUUUUUUGAUAUAACUUUAAAAUUAAGCAAAUGAAGCAAAAUAGUAUGAGCAAUAAAAUAAAAAAUACCUAAUAGGUGUUAAAACAUGACGGGUUUCCGAAUGUAAAACUCUUUUAUUACACAGUUUAAACUAUUUAUGUAUAUUUGCAUACUUCACACAGUUUGAAAUUAAUAAAUUAUUCAUUUUACCAAUCUUAUAGUUAAAUAUCAAAGAGAAAAGAAACAAAUAUGAUUUAUAUUUUCUUUUGAUUACUUUGUUUUGACAAAGCUCAAAAUAAAUUAAUUGCAACACGAGGUCGUUUCCAAUUUGAAUGUUUUAUUUUGUUCGUAUUAAAACAUUGGUAGCAACCAUUUAACUGUAACUUCAACAUAGAAUCGAAGUCAUCUUCGAAUUAAAAAAUGAUUUCAUAAAGAAAAUACGUUCUAGAUUUAAAUAUAAGGCGUAUUUCAUGUGGAGCGGUCAACAAAAAAUUGUUGGUUGUUGAAUUUGGUGUAUUUAUGGUCCAUUUAUACUUUAAUUGUUUUUUUAGCAUAAAUCCAAAAGGAUUUUGAUUUUAAGGCCUGACCCUGAAAUUAAUUCAAAUCUCUUAGCUAUGGCUAUUUUAAAGAAAACAAAUUUCUUAAUUAUAUGAAGUUAGUAACAUUUCAACAACUAACACUUUUGUCGUUGUCCGCUUCACAGGCAAUGCCAUAUAAUCUAAAACAGGCAUUUUAAUAAUAUUAAUCUAUUUCAACUAUUUCUAAAAAGUGGUCAGUAUCUCGGAAACCUGAAACCAGACAUUAAUUUCGGAUUUCCGUAGUGUGGUGACCGAAUCCUAUUUUAAAAAAGUCGUACGUUUAUAUUUAAAUUCUUUGUUUUGUUUUUGAUUGGCAAAAAUUAAUACAUAUAUUUUUUACCGGCCAAAUCUAUCAAUAUUGAAAGGCGCCUGUUUAUUUGUUUGGUUAGGCCUAUGCAAACAUAUAGAUAUAUAAACUGUACUGAAGUUUUUCUGGUGGUAAAUAUAUAUAUAUUCUUUUUAACAGAAAAUGUUUGUUGACUAAGAUUCUACGUCAAAGAAAGUAAGAGUUUGUAAUGUUUUUUUUUUUAUCAGAAUAAUUAAUAUCUAUGAUUUAUUUGUAAACCUCAUUGCAAUUAAUUUACCUAUAACUUUCCCACCAUUUAUCAACGUAAUUUUAAAAUUUCUCCACUGUAGUAGUAGGUGCAAAAUUGUUAAAGUGCCUACAUUAAUUUAAUUAUGCUAAGUUUGAACAGCCGUGAUUUUUAUCAAAAGUGUUGCUUAAUUAAAUUAAUAUUGUCUGUGAAGUGUUUAAUAAUAAAAAAAAUGGGCGGUCUUAGUAUCAGCUUUGAUUAGAAUUUAUUUUAUUUAUAGCAGUAGUUAUCUAAAAACAAAAAACAUAUAUAAGUAGAAAUAAAUGUGAUAUUAUCUUGUUACAGAAGAAACUUGCAUGUAAAAAGAAAUAUCUUAUAUUUUCUUUACAAUCUACAACACUGUUUGGUUUCUGACAUCAAAACAAAAUUCAAUAGUUAAACUAAAAAAAGUGAAUUUAUGAUGGAGA